GGGGCGAGCUGCGUCCUAUCGAUACCGUUUGUUGCCCAGGGCAAGAGAGGCGAGGUGCAUUUAUUAUUGGAGACUCACCGAGGCCAUUCGCGUAUCGAACGCAACGGCUCACUCCCGCACGCGCCGAAGCAGCUUGUCUUACCGUAAUACACCUCCCCCUUUCUGAUCCCUGUGCAUACAUCCCCAUACAAACACGCGUACGAAUGUCAACAGAAGCCGACGUACGGGCGACGGAGGAUCAGAUCCAUGAUGCUCUAGAUCGAGCAGAUGCUGCAGUUGAUGCGGAACAUGCUGCGACGACCGCAGUUCCGGAUCCACCUGUGCAAGCAGAUGUUCCACCGGAAGGCAAAGCUGAUCCUGACGCGGAGUGGAUUCUGGGUGAUUUCUCUGAGACCGUGACACACCUCCCAAUCGAAAUAUACCGUUCACUCAAGCUCGUCGGCGCACUCGAUCACGAAGCCACGACUUCCCUUACCUCCCUCCAUGAACUUGCGCUACUAUUUCCCAAUGCCUCUAUUUCGUCACGGGAAGAGCUGCGAUCCAAGAUGAGCGAGGAGAUGGAUCUUGCGCUGAAGGACAGACAGGAGUGCGUUGCGGAGACACGGAGGUUGAUGACGAUCUUGGGACAUCAUAAGGUGCGGCUACAGGAGGAAUUGAUUAAGAUGGGGUGGAAACCGCCUACGCCUGAACUUGAGCCCGAGCCUGCUCCGGUGGUCGAGGCCGCACCAGCGAGCAGGUCGGGAAUGGCGAAAUCACAGCAAGCGAAGGCACAAGAGGUACAGGUACAGGAUGAAGGACCUGUUGAGAUGCCCACUGAAGAAGGAUUUGUUCAGUUGUUACGGCUCAAGAAGCGACGCGGCCAGAAGUGGCAGCCGAGUGAGGCUGCGAUUCAGGAAGAGAAGGACCGAUGGCUUGCGGAACACCCUGGAUAUGUACCUCCACGACCACCGGGAGAAUACAAGACGAAGGGAAAGAAGAACAAGGGAAAUAAUGACGAUGCCAAAGCCAAUGUGAGGAAGGCCGACGAAAAGAAGGGAGCUGCGAAUGAGGAGGCAAAGACAAAGAUCGCAACGCCCGCUUCCAAGAAGAAGGCGAAGGCUGAAGUGGCACCUGUCGCUGACGAAGAGGAGGAGGAGGAAGAAGAAGACAAUAACCUCUACUGUCUUUGCGAGCAGGUCGCUGAUGGUAACAUGGUUGCCUGCGAUAACUACAAGGAGUGUCCACGGGAGUGGUUCCACUAUGCUUGUGUUGGUUUGGAGAGAGCACCGCGAGGAAAAUGGCUAUGUCCGUACUGUUCAGGCAAGUUGGAGUUCAAACCGAAGAAGAAGACGAAGAAGAGAAAGCGGUGAAUGGUGUUUUCGUCGUGGGAUGGUCCGACAGAUGGUUUAUGACUACAUGUAUCUUUACAGCGGACGGCGGGAGGAAGGAGGAGCAAGACUGAUUAGUGGACGAUUACCAUGAUAUACCCAGG